AUGACCACCCAGUUCGACAGGAGACGUAUCCCCGCACCAGAGGAGUCCCGCCCACCAGUAUACGCUACUGCCGAGUCGGAGGCAGGGCCCUCAAAGCGCGACAGGCCUGCGGACGCCCUUCGUCCCAUCUUCCUCAAGACCGGCCUUGUGACUCAGGCGAACGGCAGUGCCUACAUUGAAGCUGCUGGUGUGAAGAUUGCGUGUUCAUGGAACAACGUGUCUGACUCUGCUAUUAGCUUUGGUCCCCGUCCGAGGCCUCCACCUUACACCCCUCAUGGAACGCUCAACCUCGAGGUCAAGUUUGCCCCCUUUGCCAGCCGUGCCCGCCGUGCUCCCUUGCGCGACACCGAGCCCGUCAACCACACCGCGCUCCUCACCCAGCUCCUCCUCCCAGCCCUUCGCCUGCAUCUCCUCCCCAAGCUCAGCGUGGACGUACACAUCCUAGUCCUUGAGGCUGACAGCGAUGCCGCUGUCCUCUCGGCCGGUCUGACUGCCGCGUGCGCGGCCGUCACUGAUGCCGGUAUCCCCAUAAAUGGCCUGGCGGUCGGAAGUGUUGUGUCGACAGACGGACAGACCCUCCUCCUCGAUCCCACUGGUGACGAGACUUCCACGGCCCAGUGCACAGUCACCCUUGGGGCCAUGCCCGCUCUCGGCAAGGUGACUAGCCUGCAUCUCGUUGGCGAGGUGGACUUGGACCAGGCCUGCGAGAUGAUUGAGCUCACCCUCACGGGUGCCAAGGCCACACACAAUGUUGCGGCCCAGUCCAUUCUUGACGGAGCUAGCUAG